GGACGAGUCAUGAACACACAGCCAUUCAGGAAGUAGUUAGUUGAGGAAAGAGUACCGCUUAGUGCAGUGCUAAAAUAGAGAUCAAUCCAAAGUUUUAUUAAAUCAGAUAUACAGUUCAGUAGUCAUCAAGUAUCCCCGCUUGUGAUAUUACAAAGCAUUUCCACUUACAGUCUUCAUGUGUAUUCAAGUGUGAUCCAACCUUAACCACCUGUAGACCAGUGUUACUUAUCUUGCAUUUUAAUGGCACGCCUUCAAAUGCCACAUCAAUGAUUUUUGCUGUGUGACUAUGAUGUGAAUGUUAAUAACUUGUCAAAUUGACAAUGAGUGAAAUUAGAAUAAAUUAAUUCGAGAGUGAAGAGUACUAAAAGCUACCAGGAGAGCAGAACUGGAGAGGAGUGUGAACACAAGUGUCUGAGCAGAUGAUCCAUUGAAAGAUAACGUGUAAUCUUAUCAAACUUUCCUGGAAAUAAGCCUAUAGUAUAGUAUUAGUCAGCACUGGAGCUCCUUACUUAUUGACAGUCCAGUUACUCGUGUAGUCUCAGCCUGGCAAUACCUUCUUCAUUCUAGCUUGUGAAUGAAUGACUUUAUUGUUGUAGUAAAAUUACUAUAAUGGGCAAGAGAUCUAAUCGUUCAAGUGCUGGCGCAAUGCCUCUAAGACGAAAAUAUGCAAGUGCCAUCAGUGUUGAUAGAUUUUCGGAAUACAGUUUACAUGCUGAUUAUCUAAAUGAUGAUGAAUCCAGUAACUUUUGCAACGACUGCAUGGCGCGCGUCCCGUACGCGACGCUGAUAGCGACGAUAAUGUGCUGUCUGGGCGUGGGUGUGUUCUGCGGCACGAUGUACCGAGGAGCAACCCUCAGCGUCCUGAUGAUGGACCAGGUCUUCCGUCUGCGACUCGGCUGGCUUGAGGCGGUACAACUGAUCUUCGCGACGAUCGGCGCCAGCAUGUCAGCUCUCGGCUUCAUGAUCCUCUGCGUCGGAUGCCUCGCCACUGGGGCCACCCGUACCAAGGUCUAUCGCGCCUGGAGGACUCGCGUUGGAGGUCGAAUCUCCUGUGCUGUCUUUAUGACCAUCACCUACAUCCUGCAGCUGUUUUGGCUCUUGAUCUUUGCUUUCCUGGUCGUGACCACCUUCAUCUUCACCAUGUUCUGGUUACUCUGCAGUAACCCGCGGGUCACGGAACUAAAUCAGUGCAUCGAUCUCACUCAAUUCAGCUUCAUGUUCCCGAACAAUACGAAGGUCGAUGAAAUGCAGAUCUGCGGCGCGCAGGAGGUUAAGCUCUUCUGCAAAGACUACGUCGAGAAAGCCGAGAUAAUGUUCGUUCUGGCAACGAUCGCGACAAUUCUCGUGAUCCUGAGCUUGGUACACUAUCUGAUGUGUCUGUCAGCCAACUACGCGCAUAUUCGCGACCACGAGAAGUUCCAGGAACUCCAAGAGUUGCAGUACCUCCAAGACCCCGGUGAUCCGGAUUCUCCCCAGCCUGGAAUGGGCACGCUCGGCUCCCACCACCGCGGCAAGGACAGGUUCUAGGAUACGGCCCGCGAGAUCUUCGCUAUGAAUCCCCUGUAAGAGCAUCAGCAUCCAUCAUCAAACCAAUUUUCGACGCUCGCGUUCUCCAAGAGCCGAUGAGUCGACGAUUGCGGACCUGAGCAACUCUGAGCAGCACUUCAUUCUUCCGUUACCCUCGCUUCCGUACUGCACCACAAACUCUCUUUUGAUAUCUUUGAUAUUAUUUACCAGGAGAGAAAGAAAACAAGAGGUAACGUCAAUUCGCACACAUGACUUUCAUUUCGACCCGUUUAAAGUUCGAUGCCACCUCGUGUACAAAAGAUGAAAGAAGCAAAAGCAAAACGACAAAAGUAUUAUUAACGAAUAACGCUCAGGCAUGCCCACGUCCGCUUACGGGGAGAGUUAACUCGCCACUUGGCGAUCGAUCGAUCUAAUUAUGGCACUAUUAUUAUUGUAUUUCUCAUUGGGGGUCCGAGGAGCGGCGCUUGAUCGCGCAUUUCUCCUUAUGGCUCCCCGUCGACGGUCACUAAUUGUCGCAGUGCUUGUUAACCGACCGGAGGAUCUUGCGGGAACACUCUAUGCCGUCCAUUAAUCCGCGACUCUUUUAGAUGUCUAUAGCACUAUUAUUGUGUUUCGGGCGUCGAUUUACAUUAGAAUUUAAGAAGAUAUGAAAUACAAAGGGCCCUUUCGCUUCGAUUGAGUAAACCCUCUUCUCGCCAAAAGGCAUGUGGGAGCUAAAGCUAUUUCGUAUUUCAAAUGCCGAAAAAAAACGUAAAAGCCUAAUAAAUUAAAGUUAAUAUUGAUGGAAAUUCAAAUAAUAUAAUUUUCCAUUAUGCGCUUUAUUUUAAAAGUUUCAAGGACCAGAAAAAUAGUGUUUUUAGCUCCCACAUUCCCUUACGUGUCUCCGAGACAGCUAUUACCUUCCAUUUUUCUCGAGCGCACUAUUCAUUUCGUCACAACCUGCGAUCGCGCUUUGCGCUGUACAAUUCCAUAUAAUGUGUAUCGUUGAUAAAAAAAAAGACUAUGAAUGAAAGUAAAAGAGGAAGGCAACACGUAAGUUUUGCUCGUUUCACUCAAACGAUAACAAAGGGCUUUUGCGUCUCCUGAGACGGGUGAUGAAAGUCAAUUGCUCGCCAACUGAGUACAGGCUCUAUAGAAAAUGAAUUUCUCUCGAGCAUUGUCCGGUGUGAUUUACUAACAGCGCGCACUUUUGAAAAUGUUUUCUUAAAAUCUAUAAUUUUUAAUCAACAGUUGACAGACAAAUUAAAUUAGUACAAAAUUGUUGUUUUGUAAAUAAAAGGGAUGCCGUGUAGGAAACUUAUUUUUUAUACGAUCCUAACUUGGUUGGUCUCGUUUGAUUUUCUGAUCGACUCAGCGAGGCCGAUGAACUUUGAAAUUUUGAAAAGUCGACUAAAUGCAAAAUUAUUACAAAAUAAAAACAACAAUGAAACUUGAAAGACUUACCAUUGAUGCAUCAAUUAGAAUCAUUUAAAAUGUAUACCAAAUCAGUCGUUUUGAUAUAAAGUUUACGAACAACAUUCUCAUCGAUAUCGACUGUUGCAUAGGCAAAAAAGCAAAUCAAAAGUGAGAUGGAUUUUUCAAGAUUUCCAAGUCUGAAGUUUUCGUGUCUAUUGUAAUUGCAUAUAUUUAAUUCACUCAAAGUUCAUUGUAUCGCCUAAAAAGUAUAAUGCAAUGGCGUUUAUUUACAUUAUAAGGCGAAUGUUGCACAGAUUCAAGAUUAUUCUUGUUGUUCGAUGACAGGUUGUUUUCUUCGUCGUCCAACGAAUUUUCGCUGUAUUCGAGUAUAAUUUUUGUUUCGUUUCGAAUAUAUCGCUGCACUAUUAUUGUGCACAACCACAAGAAGAAAAACAAGAGAGUGCACAAAGAGCAAAGAGAAAGAAAUAUAUGAUAUAAGUAUAUAAGCGUUGACUGCACAAAAACGUGAUUUCUGUGUUCAGUAUUAAUUGUAAGUGUAAAAUCCAGUGGCGCCGAUGGAUCUUGCGACGGAACAUUCCAAGCAUCAGUUCGAUUUUUAUUUUUCUACGAGUUUGAGAUUUAUACGAUUGUCGAAGCGGCGACUCAUAUAGAAUAUAAUUUAUGAUUAUGAAAAAAAACCUUGUGGUCUAUUCGAUCGUAAUCGAGAUUUUUUCGAAUAUUUUGUAUCUAUACUUUGUACUGGGUAAUUUGUUAAGUCUAUACAAAACUUUGUGUACUGUUCUGUAUAUUGUAUCUCUCCAAGAGAAACUCGACUGAAUUUUUCUGAGCGUUUAAUUGUUCAACAAAACACAUGUUUUCCAAGCGUAUCUUUUUCUGUUUUCACUUUUGUAAAGAUGAAAUUAAAUUUUUUUAAAUAAUUUUUUUCUUUGAUUUUUAGUAAGUUUAGUUCGGAGGUUUAACGAUCCUUCAACUAUCUUUAAAACUUACUUUCACGAAUCUCAAAUGCAAAAUUCUAUUAGUUUAGAAUUUAUGUUGAGUAAUUUAUGGUAUUUACCUUUACCUUUUGACAAUAUCGAUUUUUUCCUUCGCACAAAAUUCUGCAAAUGUGCCAAAUUAAAAAAAGAUGUCAACGCCUAAAGAAAAGAGUAACAAUGCAGAUGUGACACGCUCAAAAUAAGUUGUAACGCAACGGUCUAAUCUGAGAUAUGCUAAUUAAAAGAAGUAUAAUGAAUCAAAAUUACGGUUAUAAGUACAGCGCGACAUAUCGACUUGAAUUAGUAUUAUGAAAUUAUUAAUAAUAUAUGAAUAUAUUAUAUAUUAACUUAAAGAAUUCUCUCUAUUGCUUUGUUAGAGAGGUAUGAGGUUUUAUCGGUUUCAAUGGACCGUUUGUCAAAAUAAAUUUGUUACUUGGGUUGCAAGUAUUAUAGCAAAUGUAAAUUAGCGUUGAUGGAAAAAUAAUAAAAGAAAAUUUAUCUCAAAA